UUAUUACGGCAUGUCAAGAAAAACGCAUCAACAAUAUCUCUAAGAAAAGCAGCAGCCAUACAAGACAAUGAAGUAAGUAACAUACACACAUGAAAAAAAAAAUAGGUGAAGGGUACAAUGAUCUUUUCUUUUUUGCACAUACGAUAGUACUAUACAAAAUAUGGUCCAUUUGCAACAAAUUCUAUACUCAAAUCCAAUGAAGGGAGUAUACUUCAUUUGUCUGAAAAUGGUCAAGAUGUCUUGGUGAUGAAAAUGACUAACGGAAGAUUACAAGUAGAAGCUGGUACUGCUGAAAAGUUAUUUAUCAAAUUAGCAGAUGAAACUACUCAAGACUUUAAUUAUGUAGAUGCUUAUAUCUUGAAUCAUAUUGAUUUUACUACCUCUGAAGAGUUUUUGGAAAACCUGAUGGCAAGAUUCCAUAUUGAACCUCAACCAGGGGAAACAGAAUAUUUUAGGAAAUGGCAACGGUGUAUUCAAAUCAAGGUGCUCAAUGUUAUUUCAAGAUGGAUCAAAUUACAAUACAAUGAUUUCAAGGUCAAUCCAAUUCUACUGACACGAUUACAAGCAUUUAUCAAUGGAGAUAUUACUCGAGGUGGUUUCAUGAUGGAAGCAAAUAAUAUCAAGGAACUGUUACAUACUCAGGUGAUACAACAUAGCAAGAAUCACCAUUCUUUCAUCUACUCAAUCAUUUCAGCAGCUCGUUCAUCAUCACCAUCAACAUCAUCAUCAUCAUCAUCAUCAUUUAUUUUGUUCCUGGAUGCAAAACAAGUAUCUCAAUAUUUGACCUUGAUGGAUUUUUAUUUACUGAAAUGCAUUACCAUUGAUGAUUAUCUUCACGGUAAAUGGAGAAACCGGAACAAGAACAACAACAUAUCUGAAUCUCGGUCCAACAAAGAUCAAGACUAUAUUGAUAUGAUGACGAAAAGGUCGAACAAGUUAAGCUAUUGGACAAGAAAUGAAAUCUGUAGACAGUCAACUUCCAAGGACCGUUCUAUGAUGCUGAAGAAAAUGUUGGAAAUUGCCAACUUAUGCUUAGAAUGGAAUAAUUUUCAUACUAGUAUGAUCAUCACUACCAGUCUUAUACAACCAUGCAUUCAAAAAUUGAAAGAGUGGUCCAUGUUAUCCAGUCGUGAACAUCAUAUGUAUCAGCAGCUGGUGAAACUUUUAGAUGUGACAAACAAUAUGGGAUAUUACCGACAAAUAUUAAGCAAAGCUAAAUCACCAUUUGUACCUUUUUUUCCAUUGUUACUCAAAGACAUCACCUUUUUUAUGGACGGCAAUCCUACUUAUCUAACUUCCGCAGCGAUGGCACCCCCAUCAACAACUACAACCAUUUCAACGACAGUAUCAACAUCUUCAUUAGCGUCAUCUUCUCUGUCAUCAUCAUCAUCAUCAUCAUCCCUAUCAAUACCAUCAUCAUCAUCAUCAGGAUCAGUAUUAUCAUCAUCAUCAUCAACAGCAACAUUAACAUCAACGUCAUCAUCAGCCACUUCUUUGCUUACAAGUACAAAACUCAUUAACUUUGCGAAAUAUCGGUCACUGACACGUUGUGUUCAUGGGAUCCUUCGUGCUACCAACGAAGAUUAUUGGUUUGCUUCUGAUCUAGGAACAUGGCCAUUUUUAUAUCACGACUCGAACACCGAAUCAUCAACAACCUUGGAUUCUAUUGCUCUUCAAUUAGAAAACCGAAUUUAUACUACCAAAGAAGAAAACAAGAUGAAUGAUAGUAAUACAACAUACAAUUGAUGAAAAAUAAUGGAUUACAACAACAUUACAUUUGGAUAUCAAUAUACCUUUCUCUCUCUCUCUGUC